GUUAAGCUUUGACAACGCGUGUUUAGAAACCUGACAAAAUAGGUCACUGGAUACCGUCCUUCAUACGGUGACGAUGUCGGACGCGGCGACUCCAGGCCGGUUUGUAGGCCGAGGCAAUACUUUUCUAGGACGGAGCAGGACACUACCCUGUUCCGGAAAGGAGACAGGCCUAUAUAUAUGUUUCAAUAUUUGUCCAGGAAGAUAUGAGCGUCUGUUACGAGGAGUUGUGACACUAAGGUAAAUUUCCUGACCGAGAUGUGUUCAACUGAAGCAUCGUCUGCUCGCCGGCUCGCUCAACUGGGACGGAUUUUGAAAUGCAGUUGUGGGAAGCAAGAUCUAGAUCUACAUUGCCCAUGUACAGCGCGGGAAUUCAGCACGGGAAAAUCAUCAGACCAGGAUCGCCCCACGGCCGGGCCACUUUCAAACCGCUACCUUGCUCAUCUGAAUAACCUAUACCGCCUGACAGCUGACGAGACGGGGAGGAACUCGGUCAUCCACACGCCAGGGUUGUCCUAUGAAGCCAUCGACAGAGAUGGAAACCCCACAAUGGCCAGUGUUUUGAGAUUUGUUACAACAGCAAGAAUAUUUGCCUCAAACUGUCCACUUGAUGACACUGGAAGGACGCUGUUUCGCUUCGACCAACUCUUCUCAGACACAAUGUCAUUUGUGGCUUCGACAGAGGUCAUAUCAGAAAAGGCAAUGUAUGAUACGUCUGUACCCAAGAGCCCAUUAGAUGUUUUAUAUCAACUCGGGUAUGUGGGCAAGUCUUCCCUUAGUACUGUAUCGUCCAUCGUUGUUCCCUCGACCGGAGAGACCAUCCUCAGAAACAUCAAUCAAUUUGUUGUGGUGGAUAAAACGAGCAGACGACCCAAACCACUUCCGGAUUGCUGGCGGGAGAAAUAUGGUGGAAUGGCCACCUUGAAAGAACCACUGAUCGUUCCAAGAUUGCAAAGACCACCUGACGCUGUGCAGUACCGUGUCAACGUGGUUUGGUUUGACACUGAUAAUUACAAGCAUACUAACUACACUGUCUAUGUCGACUACUGCGACAGCGCUUUGCAUUAUGCCAUAGAGAAAGGUUGUAUGGGAGCCGUUACCAAAGAUGUGGUCAAACGUGGCAUCAAGUCCUCGAGGAACACUUACAUGGGGGAGAGUUUAGAGAACGAUGAGCUGACUGUUUGGGUGUGGGCAUCGGACCAGGAUGACAGAACUGUCCAUUUCGACAUUCAGAAAUUGGACCAGUCUAUAUUCCAAAGCACGUCUGUUUAUCAUGAUAAAUAAUGUUUUAACGAUCGCACGUGUCUCUAUUAUGAUGACUGAACGGCGUGUUGGGGUUGCAGAGUUUAGAACCUUCUUGUAAUGAGUGAUAAUUUGACAUUUGUAUUCAGUAAUAGGCCACUGGGCCAAAAUACAUUCAUUGAUAUAAGUUACAUAAAAAAGUUUUACAGAAAAACAUCAGAUUUUUUUAUUUUCCCAACAUGAUAUAAAAAAGGCAUAGAUUAUUUAUAACAUUUAUGUUUGUUGAAGACAUUAUGUUGACUGUGUUGUGAUAGAGGAUGUAUAAAAUAUUUAUCCAGAAAUUUAUUCCUUAUACCAGCUUUAAGGCGGCAGUUGUUUUACAAUAAUUGGGUCACGGCUUGAUAACCAGUGAUUGAUAUUAUCAUCAAUGCCAGAACAUAACCUGUCCUCCGAGAUUCUGUUGGCUAGCAAGUGAAUUAUUUCAAUUUUAAUGGACAGGCUAGAAAAUCAUUGAGGACACCGGGUGUUUGCAAAAAGGACAAAUUGUCCAGUCCAACCUGGAGCAAAUGCUUCUCUGACAAUUCGUCUUAAAAGUAUGUGUUUUUCCCGGCGCUGCAAAUCAGUACUCCUACCGUGUUAUGGUGGAAAGUAAUCAAACCAGACAAUAUGGUGAUUGAGAUUACCCAAACCUACUGCGAGGUGAG